GAGGGCGGGUGCACCCGCAGCCAAGAUGGCGGGGGUGGAGGCGCGGCUGCCGGUGGCGCGGAAGAGGCUGGCGGGGAGCCUGGGCCGCGGGGCCGGCGAGGGCGAGAGGGACCUGGUGGCUCCGGGGGACACCAUCACCACCGACCCGGGAUACAUGAGGGGUCAUGGCACGUACAUGGACAGUGAGAAGCUUGUGGCGUCUGUGGCUGGCGUGGUAGACAGGGUGAACAAGCUGGUCUGCGUGAAGGCUUUGAAAACAAGGUAUAAUGGCGAAGUUGGCGAUAUUGUGGUCGGGCGAAUCACAGAGGUGCAGCAGAAACGAUGGAAGGUGGAAACCAAUUCUCGGCUGGAUUCAGUCUUGCUUCUUUCCUCGAUGAAUCUUCCAGGAGGGGAGCUGAGGCGAAGGUCAGCCGAAGAUGAGCUCGCCAUGAGAGACUACCUGCAAGAAGGAGACCUCAUCAGCGCAGAGGUCCAGGCCGUAUUCUCGGAUGGGGCUGUGUCACUGCAUACCCGUAGUCUGAAAUAUGGAAAGCUUGGCCAGGGGGUGCUGGUCCAGGUUUCCCCAUCCCUCGUGAAGCGGCAGAAGACCCACUUCCAUGACUUGCCCUGUGGGGCCUCUGUCAUCCUGGGCAACAACGGCUUCAUCUGGAUCUACCCAACUCCUGAGCAGAAGGAGGAAGAGGCCGGGGGCUUUGUCACCAAUCUGGAGCCGGUGCCCUUGCCUGACCGGGAAGUGAUCUCUCGCCUCCGCAACUGCAUCGUGGCUCUGGUCGCACAGAAGCUGAUGCUCUACGACACCAGCAUCCUGUACUGCUACGAGGCAUCCCUGUCUCAUCAGAUCAAGGACCUGCUGAAGCUGGAGGUGAUGGAGGAGAUUGUGCUUCAGACUCGGCAGAGGCUCCUGGAACUGGAGGGAUGAUUGAGGAGUGGGAGGCGAGGAAUGCCCCGGUGGACUCCCCAAGGCACAGCGUAGGCUCUCCUCUUGCUCUGCUUCUCCAGUCCAGCUUCUCCAAAACAUUCCAUGGUCUGGAAAACCCACUGAGCAUCCUCUUGCUUUCAGAGUGGCUCCUGCCUCUCUUUCCCAUGGGGGAUUUCUUACUUGGCUGGUUAAAAAUCCCAGCCCAAAAAGGAAUGCAGGAAGAACCAUGAAAGGAAAAGAAACUCCUGGCUGUGAUGUUGUAAGAACAGCAGUGGAAACUGAGGUGUGGAGGGAUGUUUUCUGCAGGAAGUGGAAUGCUCUCUGGAAAAUGUUACAAGGAAAAAAGGUUUGCUGUUGUAGGAUGGGAGGGUCAACCGUUCUAGGGAGCAGCUCUUCUGGACCACGAUGUGGGUGUCUUGGAGUCUCGUCUCACAUGCUUCUUUCUUACGACAUUUGUGUCCAUCCCUGCAUUUCAGUGAACAGUCCUCCAAAGCUUGUCUUCACUGUGGGGACUGGCGCAUGCAUGAGGGCACACACCAAUGCAUGUGCAUGUGCGCAAAGUUAGAUCAAGUUGGAAAUCGACACCCUUGCUUUCCAUCCGCUGGCCUGCAGUGUGAUGCUGCUGCACCGCUCAGCUUUGGCAAAUGGCAGGCAGACCCAGAACCCACAGCCUCACACAGCCUCAAAUAAUGCUGCUGUCCAGGGUCAGAGUGGUCACAACUCUUCCUUGUGGCACUCUGUGGUCAGUUGUUGCAACCCUCCUCCCACCCCCCGGCAGUGGCAGACAUCCCCGGGCAACUAUUUCAAGGUCUGUCGGCUGUGCAGUCUGCAGGCAUGGCCAGAAUUAGUCAGUGGUGCUGUGCUCUGUGUGUGAGUGAGAGAGUGAGUGUUCAGCAGAUCAGCACAAGGGAGCUGACUGGAUGGUUGCAUUCGAGCCCACUGAGUUCUUUAGCAUGAACAGCUGCCAUUGAGACCACCUUUAUUGCAGGCUUGUUGUAAAAGGGCAGUUUUACAUUUUUUAAAAAAAUAACCAGCAAUAUUGAGAAUUUUUAAUUAUUUCACAUAUGUGUUUGCAAGACUGAAUUUCACAUAUGGGGUGUUCUAGUAUUUUUGUACCAGAGAUCUGUAAAAAAAACCCUUUCAAUAAAUUCUUUUUAAAAAAACAAA